AUGAAGGUUGUGAAGUGUAGAGAAGAUGUUAGAAGGUGCCAAGAGGCACUCUUAGCAAUAACGGCUCAAAUAGGCUCAUUAACUGAAAGAGAAAAGGAUAAAACUAUGAUGAAGAAUAGUAAUGAAGAAUAUUACCAAGUCUAUUUUAUUAAUGUUUAUUCAAAGCUCUCUUAUAAACGAAUUUCUGUAGAAGAUACUCAUAAAUUUUCAGUGUUGCUGACAAGAAAAUCUGAUUGUGUAAUAAUAGAUAAAGAUCAUGGGUUAGAUUUCCUUAAUGUUGAGAUAGUAAUUGAAAUUAAACUACAAUGA